GAACAAAAUCACAAAAUUCCCCAAAUAUUCCGUAUUUCGUGUCCCUCCGGUCAUCUUAUUCUGAGCUCUCACACUGCCGACUGCCGAGUCCCGACUGCUUGUGAGGUCGAUGGCUUGUAACAAGAAUCAAAACUAACGCAGGAACUCAUCAUUUCAGGGUUUUUGUUAUGAAAUGCUUGCUUCUUAAGUGAAGAAAAGCGAAUAAGAAAAUGAAGGAGCAGAUUGGGUACAUACCACCCCGUUAUAUUCCCCUGGGCCAGUCUGAUCAUGAACCAUCAGAUCUAGAGACAAGUAUACUUCCAACCAAUGAUCAACCUCCAUCUCCCAAAAAGAAUGAUGUCCCACUGGAGUGGUCCUCUGGAAUAUGUGCUUGUUUUGAUGAUCUUCAGAGCUGCAUUGUUGGUAGUGUAUGCCCUUGCUUUCUUUUUGGAAAGAAUGCAGAGUUUCUAGAAUCCAACAGUUUCAUGGGACCAUGUACAACACAUUUCAUCAUGUGUGGCAUCAUCAAUACCUUUUGCUGCUUCAUAACUGGAGGCUUGAUUCUAGCCUUUCCUGGAUGCUUUACUUCAUGCUAUGCCUGUGGAUACCGCAAAGCACUACGUGCAAAGUUUAAUCUGCAGGAAGCUCCAUGUGGGGACUUUGUGACACAUCUUUGCUGUCACUUAUGUGCGGUGUGUCAAGAGUAUAGGGAAAUCCGUGAAAGGUCUCUCAACAUCGAUCCUCAUGCAAGUAUAGUAGAAAUUACACCACCUCCUCUCCAAACAAUGGAUUAGAUAGUCUUAUCUUGUUUUGUUUUCUUUGUUUCAAAAUAGAGUUAUGCCAUAUUUACAAGGUUUUAUUAAUGUUGUUUGUUUUGAGUAUUGAUAUUAUAUAUAUACUUCAAAACCAAUACUUUUCAUCCC